GCCUUGAAGGUGCAUGGAUCCUCCUCGAGUUAACGGUAAAGAUUUUCAUUCGAAGUAUUCUCACUAGUUACAUUGUCAAGUAUGCUUUCUCCCAGUAAAAGGUAAAACCAAUUUCGAAGAUGCUUCAAUGAAAGGUGUAACAAUGCUCUUUUGGUCCAUUUUGGAUGAUAUAGUUGGACCCAAAUUUAAAAGAUUUGGUCCAUCAAAUCAUUACUACUUUUUCCUAGGGAUAUUUUUUUCUUACAAUUCUACUAAUGAAGAUUCAUAACAAUACUUCCAAAAGGGAGUGUAGUAGAUGUUAUACAACUCUAAUAUAUAGUUGCUAAAAGGAUACUUUUUCAACUUAUUCACAGAAGUAUAAUACUUCUUUCUAAGAUGUUUUUGACUUGACCUCGAUCGAUUGAACUCUUAUGUCGAUCUCCUUGCAAAUUGAUUCUAGUGCUUAGUGACCUUCUAACUCUAGAUUAACUCUGAUGUGAUGGAGACGGUAAGGGCCACGUGGCAGGCUUAGGACUCGGUGGUCAAUGUAGAACCAAGUUAGCCAACUUAUGGCCUAACACAAUUGGAGUCAACCUGAGUCAUGUUCAAGUUAAGUCCAACUAGCUAGAUCUAAAAUCAGGCUCAGAUUAAAUUGCUCCCAAGCUCGGAUGUAACAAAGCGAUCAUAAUGGUGUCAAUUACCAAAAGGUGUGCCCUUUGGUGAAGAAGAAUAGGUAUGUGCCCCUUGGGAAUCUUGGUCAUCUCUUCGCUCCUUAUAUAAAAUAUUGGUGACAACAUUGAGAGGUACAUUGUGGCAUUGCAUAUUUUCUUUUUUUAACUUUGCAUCAUCGAGAGGUCUCACUAAGAUCCAUCUUAGCCUCUUUUCUCAGUAAGGAUCUUUUGGUCCAUAAAUUAUGGAUCAGUGGAUGACCUAUUGUAUGAGGACUCUUAAUUUGAAUGGACUCUACCUUUAAAUAAAUAGGGUCCAUCCAAAUCAAGGAUCUAAAAAAAUGGACCAUCUCCUGAUCCAUAAUUUGUAGACUAGAGGAUCCAUCCUCCUCUUUUCUAAUCAAUUUUCAAUCCUUUUAGUUGUCCUUAUCCAGUCAACGUCGGCGAAAACCUUCACCGGAGUCCUUGCAUUACUUGGUCUGACAAUUGCCAACCGGACAACUAUCCGAUCCAAUUGGAGCCAAUCCGACAAAAACAGACUUGAGAGGAAUCGAUUUGACAGACAUCCAACCUCCUAAAAGAGUUCAGUUGCGAUACAUCAAGGAGUUAGCUCAUCCCUUAAUCUCAAACCUGGUUAAAGUCUUUGAUCAUUCUUCUCUAGAUAUCCACAAAGCAUGACUAAGGCCUUUUUGUUGUUGUUGUAGGUUUGUGACACACUCUAGAAACUCAUUUAGCUGGUUUUUUCUGGUUUGAAAUUAGCCGAUUACUCUUGUGUCUCACCAACUAUGAUCUCACACUAAAUCCCCUCAGUGCCUAGUAGGUUGCCCAACUUGUGUAUAUAAUUUUUUCCAAUGUAAAGAUUUUCAAAACCGCCAACACUGCUAUUCUCUGUUCCAGACGUCCCUUUUCUUCCCUCCUCAUGUACCUCUAUUUCUGAUGAAGCUGCAAAUGCAUCAGAUUUCUUUCAUUUUUUAUUUUAUAUAACAAGGACAUUUUAUCUCAUCAAUCCUCUCUCAAUUAAAUAACACAGCUAUCCUCUAAUAAGUGUACGGCUGAUUUUGAUUUUUUUACAGGCCGGUUUCAAAUUUAAACACUGAAUUGGUUGGGUAAAUUUGAUUAAACAAAUAAUAUUCACGUGGUAACAAUUAACAGUUACAAUUGAUAUUAUAAUAGAUACAAAAUUAUAAUAUAUAUUACAGUAGAUAUAAAAUCAUAAUUAUUAUAACACAGACUUUAAUUGUUCACUUAAUAUUUAUGUUAUACUUACUGCAGUACCGACUUAAUUGAUUUAACAAUAUUAAUAUUUUAAUAAUUACCAAACUGUGACUAGUGUAAUUUUAUAUCAGUUACAAAACCAUAAAUUACUAUAAUAUUAUAAUAAUUAUAAUUUCAGCUGAAUUUAAAUUUAAAAUUGAAUUAUUAAAGACACCUGUAUGAUUUUAGUUGGGACCGAGUGGGGUGGGGCCGUCCCCACGACAAGAGUUUGCCCUUCGGAUUUGUGCGUUUUUGCAAACCAAAAAACCAAAAAAAAAAAAAGUGACGCAGUAGCUGGAGGAGGAGAGAAAGAACAGUCUGGCCUAUUAAAUGUCAGUCUGCAACUUCACCUUCUCGCUAUAACUCUGAAACCACUCUCUCUUUCAGCUUUCAGCUUUUAGCUUUCAGCUUCAGCCUUUAGUUUGUGUAGUGGUGAUGGAAUUGGUGACGGUGGUGGUUCUGUUGGGCUUCGUGGCGGCGUACGCGGUGUGGUUCGCGCGGCUGGCGUCAGGGCUGCGCGGGCCGCGUGUGUGGCCAGUGGUGGGGAGCCUUCCGGGGCUGGUGCAGCACUCGGAGCGCAUGCACGAGUGGAUCGCCGAUAACCUUCGCGGCGCCGGAGGCACGUACCAGACCUGCAUCUGCGCCGUCCCUGGGCUGGCGCGCCGUCAGGGACUCGUCACCGUGACCUGCGAGCCCCGGAACCUGGAGCACGUGCUCAGGACGCGGUUCGAGAACUACCCCAAGGGGCCCACGUGGCACGCCGUCUUCCGCGACCUCCUCGGCGACGGCAUCUUCAACUCCGACGGCGAGACGUGGCUCGCGCAGCGGAAGACUGCCGCGCUCGAGUUCACCACCCGCACGCUCCGCGCCGCCAUGUCGCGGUGGGUUUCGCGGUCCAUCCACCGCUGCCUCAUCCCUAUUCUGAAGGAGGCCUCCGCCGCCUCCGCCUCGGUCGACCUGCAGGACCUCCUCCUCCGGCUCACCUUCGACAACAUCUGCGGACUGGCCUUCGGGAAGGACCCCGAGACGCUGGCGCCGGAGCUACCGGAGAACUCAUUCGCUGCCGCGUUCGACCGGGCCACCGAGGCCAGCCUCCGCCGGUUCAUCUUACCGGAGGUGGUGUGGCGGUUCAAGAAGUGGCUCCGGGUCGGCAUGGAGGCCACGCUCUCCCGCAGCGUCGCGCGAGUCGACGGGUACCUCUCGGCCAUCAUCAAGGCCCGCAAGCUGGAGCUCGGCGACGGCGGUGCUGGCGGCCGGAGCUACGACGAUCUCCUCUCCCGGUUCAUGAAGAAGGGCGAGUACGCCGAUUCGUUCCUCCAGCACGUGGUGCUUAACUUCAUACUCGCCGGCCGGGACACCUCCUCGGUCGCGCUAUGCUGGUUCUUCUGGCUCGUCUCCGUCCACCCCGCCGUCGAGCGCCGCAUCGUGGCCGAGCUCGUCGCCGUUCUGACCGAGUCCCGAGGCGGCGAUCCCAGUGAGUGGCUCGCCGCCCCACUCGCCUUCGAGGAGCUCGACCGUCUCGUCUAUCUCAAAGCCGCCCUAUCGGAGACGCUCCGUCUCUACCCGUCGGUACCCGAAGACUCCAAGUACGUGCACUCCGACGACGUCCUCCCCGACGGUACAUUCGUCCCCGCAGGCUCCUCCAUCACUUACUCCAUUUACUCCGCCGGAAGAAUGAAAUCGGUGUGGGGGGACGACUGCCUCGAGUUCCGACCCGAGCGGUGGCUAUCACCGGACGGCAAGCGGUUCGAGCCGCACGACUCGUUCAAGUUCGUGGCCUUCAAUGCCGGGCCGCGGAUCUGCCUCGGAAAGGACCUCGCCUACCUGCAGAUGAAGUCGGUAGCGGCGUCGGUGCUGCUGCGCCACCGCCUCAAGGUGGCUGCCGGCCACCGCGUGGAGCAAAAGAUGUCACUCACGCUGUUCAUGAAGGAUGGGUUGAGGAUGAACGUGUUCGACCGGGACUUGACCUGCGAGUUCGGAAGGGCGUCCCGGCCGGGGACGUCGCCGUCGGCAGUGGUUGAAACCGCAGCCUAAUUUGUAGGCAACAAGCGGGAAUGGCAAACAUAUUGUUGUCGUGUGAUUGAAUUGAAGAAGAAAAUUAAGGAUUAUUUCACGUUGUGUAAUAAUAGAUCAUUUGAUGUGAGAAAAUUUAUAUUAUUGGAUUUUU